UUGUUUCUUCACACCAAGAACUCUCUCUCUCUCUCUUGAAUUUCCUCUCUCUAGAAUUCCUUGAAAGCUUCUGCCGACUUUGGGGGGCUCAAACUUCUAGGGUUUAUGAUGACACUUGUGGGGGGUUGACAUGGCUCCCAGAAGAAAAUAUGAAAGUCAUUGUUGAUACAAAGGGUUGCCCAUGAUUAUAUUUAAUCAGGAUGGCAACUGAGAGCCCUAUGAGAAUGGUGGAAAGCAGUGGAUCUACUAAAUGGCCCUCUUCCAUGGAUGCUGCAACAUUUGUAUCACCAUUAAAGAAUAUGGCAGCGGAGGAGUUGGGAUUACUUCUGAAUGGUCAUAGGUUGCAUGGAGAUCAGAGUGAUAUGGUUCCGAAUCGAAGUGGUAGUGCACCACCUAGUAUGGAGGGUUCUUUUGCUGCUAUUGGGAAUCUAAUGACUCAACAGAACAAUCUGGAUUCAAGCUUGGCAAGUUUAAGCAGUGCUAUUGAGAAUUCUGAGUCUGAGGAACAACUGCGGUCUGAUCCAGCCUAUUUUGCAUACUACUGCUCUAACGUCAACCUGAAUCCAAGGCUUCCUCCACCUCUUAUUUCACGGGAGAAUCAACGCCUGGUACGCCAUAUUGGUGGUUUUGGCACUAAUUGGAGAUUAACUUCUUUUGACGACAGUGGAAAUGGAUCUCUGCAUUUGUCUCGUAGUUCCCUAUCUACUCACAAGGAGGAGUCUGAGGAUGAUAGGUCACCCCGACAAACCUCAGAUGAUUGGCCAGAGAGCAGCAGUGCAGUUAUGCCUGGACAGAAGACAGCUUCCUCAGCAGGUCGUCAUAAAAGUUUGGUUGAUCUGAUACAGGAAGACUUUCCCCGCACCCCAUCUCCUGUAUAUAAUCAGUCUCGUUCCUCAAGCCAUGCAGCAACGGAGGAACUACUUGAUCUUGAUGUUCAUGCCAUUUCAUUAAAUGAUUCCUCUCUUGAAAUUUCAAAAUUACCGGAACCAGGUCCAGGCACUGUUGAUGUUUCUGCAAGCACAUGCACUCUAGAUGCACCUGCUAUUGGGUUAAUGCCCAAUAAGGAUGAUGCGGCUAACUCUUUUCCAAGCUCAUCAUAUUCUGAUAGAAAACACAGCUCAUUGCCUCUACCUAAAGAUGAAGCAAGCGAUAAAGGUGGGGCUGGUGCAUUAGUUAGUGGGGGCGCUGGAUUGGAGGUUUCUAGAGUGGAGUCUAAAACAAAAGCAUCUAAUGUAUCUAGUCUUCUAGUUGCUGAGAAUAAUGCAAAUAAACAAGAACAGAAACCAUCGUAUGAGAGGAAUAUGCCGCCACACCAUCCAUAUGCACAACAAAGCUCUCCAUACAAAGUUCAGGGAGUUCAGGCUCAAGUGAUCUCUCAAGGAAUGAGCCACCCUUAUAAUGGCAUGGAAAAACUUCCCCAUGCACCCCCUAAGUUCUCUUCAGUUGAGGUACGGCCUAUGAUGCAGUCUCCUGGACUCACCCCUCCUCUGUAUGCAACAGCAGCAGCAUAUAUUGCUUCAGGAAGUCCAUUUUACCCUAAUAUACAGCCAUCAGGCCUAUUUGCUCCACAGUAUGGGAUGGGUGGAUAUGGUCUGAGUUCGGCACUUGUUCCUCAAUUUAUAGGUGGGUACCCUUCUCCUGCUGCUAUUCCUAUGCCUUUUGAUGCUACUUCUGGUCCAAGCUUUAAUGUUCGAACAACCGGUGCAUCAAUGGGGGAAAGCAUUCCACAUGAGUUACAAAAUCUGAACAAGUUCUAUGGGCAUCAUGGGUUAAUGCUGCAACCUUCUUUUCUGGAUCCUCUUCACAUGCAAUACUUUCAGCAUCCUUUUGAGGACGCAUAUGGUGCUGCAGGUCAGUAUGGUCGGUUGCCACCAAGAGGUGUUAUUGGGGGUCAAGAUUCCUCUGUUUCACAGAAAGAGUCCCAUGUCAGUGCCUACAUGGGUGAUCAGAAACUCCAGCCUCCAACAAAUGGAAGCCUGAGUGUUCCAAGUCCAAGAAAAGGGGGAAUAAUGGGCAGUAGUUAUUAUGGAAGUCCUCCCAACAUGGGUGUCAUGACACAAUUUCCGGCCUCACCUCUCUCUAGUCCGAUACUGCCUGGAUCUCCAGUAGGUGGGACCAAUCAUCCAGGACGUAGAAAUGAAAUGAGGUUUCCUCAAGGUCCAAUUAGAAAUGUAGGAGUAUAUUCUGGAUGGCAAGGACAAAGAGGAGCAGACAACUUUGAGGAUCCCAAAAAACACUCUUUUCUCGAAGAACUCAAAUCUAACAAUGCCCGGAAAUUUGAGCUCUCUGAUAUUACAGGACGCACAGUUGAAUUCAGUGUUGAUCAACAUGGGAGUCGGUUUAUUCAGCAGAAGUUGGAGAAUUGUAGUGGUGAAGAGAAGGCAUCUGUUUUCAAAGAGGUUCUUCCACAUGCUUCAAGAUUAAUGACUGAUGUCUUUGGGAAUUAUGUUAUUCAAAAGUUUUUUGAACAUGGGACUCCUGAGCAGAGAAGGGAACUUGCAUAUCAACUUGCUGGCCAGAUGAUACCUUUAAGUCUGCAAAUGUAUGGUUGUCGUGUGAUCCAGAAGGCCCUUGAGGUUAUUGAGCUUGAUCAGAAGACACAACUUGUGCACGAGCUUGAUGGACAUGUUAUCAGAUGUGUACGCGACCAAAAUGGGAAUCAUGUGAUUCAGAAGUGUAUUGAAUGCAUUCCUACAGAGAAAAUUGGAUUUAUUAUAUCUGCUUUUAAAGGCCAAGUUACCGUGCUUUCUAGUCAUCCCUAUGGUUGUCGUGUUAUUCAGAGAGUUUUGGAACAUUGUUUGGAGGUGUCACAAAGUCAAUUUAUAGUGGAUGAGAUCUUGGAAUCUGCUUAUGUUCUUGCAGAAGACCAGUAUGGCAAUUAUGUUACUCAGCAUGUUUUGGAGAGGGGAAAUCCCCAUGAAAGAAGCCAAAUUAUCGGCAAGUUGACUGGAAAAAUCGUACAAAUGAGUCAGCAUAAAUAUGCAUCCAAUGUUAUCGAGAAAUGUUUGGAGUAUGGUAGUACUUCUGAAUGUGAACUCUUGGUCGAGGAGAUUAUUGGACAAUCGGAGGACAAUGAUAAUUUACUGGUGAUGAUGAAGGACCAGUUUGCAAAUUACGUGGUACAGAAAAUUCUUGAGACGAGCAAUGAUAAACAAAGAGAGAUAUUGCUCAACCGGAUAAGAGUUCAUCUUAAUGCUUUGAAGAAAUACACUUAUGGAAAACACAUAGUUGCUCGUUUUGAGCAAUUAUGUUGUGAAGAAAGCCCAGCCCCGGAAUCAUAAACACGCUUAAGAACAGCUGCAUUUUGCGGAUGCUUUGAUUACACAUCGCUGAUGGUAAUCGGAAAAAUAUCACACAAAAGGUCACCUUGGGAGGCCCAAAAAUUGGGAGAUUGGCAAAAA